AUGGGCUGUGCCUGCUUCCUGCUCCUCCUGACCUUGGUAAAUGAAGGCCACAGCCGCCAGGAUGAAGUUCCCUCUGCCUCCUGUGCCGCCUCCAGGUCCCCUGGGUGUGAUAAGGGCCUGUCCAUGCUGGCCCAGCGCCAUCGUGUCACGAAGAAGGACCUCCUGGAGAAAGUGACCUUGGCCACAAGCACGCACACGCUGUACUAUGCCCCCGACUUCCCCGAUGUCGGUGACAUGACGAAGGUGACUACAGAGGAAGUGCCUGCAUGGACUCUGGAAAACGAUCGGGGGGUGCGCGUAAAGGUCAUGAGGAAGGGUGGGAAUCUGGUGGAGCUCUCCAAAGACGGACAUCCGUAUGUCUGGGACAACACCAAGGGUGCGAUUUACUACGGGGUAAACAGCAGCACCUUCCCCCUCACCCGUGGACUGUACAUCAAUGGUGGUGUCCGCUUUGCCGCAGUGACCCCGGAGCACGGCCUGUACUACGACACGCUUUGGGACGUUACCUUCGAGCAGAGUGAGGAGGAACAGUCGCGAUCCAUUAUUCUCAGCAUCACCGAUUCUUCGGAGCAACGGCAAAAGCUGAACGACACCUUGUCUCAGGGCGGGUACUCGUUACCUGAUGGAGCUCCGAUGAGUGCUUACCCUGUCACCAACCUCGUUUUCCGGUUCUGGAUCACCCUCCGUGCAGGGGAGGAUUACGUUCGACUACGAGCUGAAGUCAUCAAUCCAACAGCUGCGGACGCCAAGGGAGCAGCGUGGAUGCCCAUGACCUUCCCCAUUGAUGAGGACUCGCAGAUUAUCACGCCGCAGGUGUACCGCUUCAAGAGUGACGAGUGGUGCUACCGAGACCUGCCAAAGAUUUUUCGCUGGGACAGUCGGACGGAGCUUGCUCGGCCUGCCCAAUGGAAGGAGAUGUGCAUUUUUUACGAUUACCCGCAGCUACUUGGGGGUUACCAUGCCGUCCAGAUCCAGCCCACGAGCCAAGGCAAAGGAACGGCGUAUGUGACGCUGAACUCCAGUACUGGCCUACACUUCACCAAAAUGUGGUCCUGGGGCAAGAACCAGGCUCCCAUAUGGAAGGACUACUACGAGCCCUGGGAGUCGGCUUUCAACAGCCACUUUUGGCAGACUUUUGAGUUUCCGGCAAAGACACAGCACUUCUUUGACAUCGCCCUGGUGCCGAUUCCCGGAGGUCUCACUGGUGCCGACCAGCCCACCCUUCAACAGCAGGUAUCUGAUCAUCUCGUUGGACUUGGCUUUGGGUUUGACAAAGGCUGCUCGACUCUGAACUGA